CUCUUUUUCCUCCUCGUCCUCGCGCAUCUCCCGCCACAGACGCCUACCAAUCGCUGCCAGAGGUUCUCAGAUCGCUGGUAGGUCUGAGAAUCAUAUUAUGCCAUUAGCUCUGAGACUGUUCAGGCAGAAUGGACCUGCGCAAUGAGCCGCUCUGGCAGUGGCCUUCUAGCUCUGCCUCCGUCUCAGCCUCGGACCCUGACUUUGAUGUAAGGCAGAGUCCGGAAGAUGACGAUGGACCUGAUGGCUCUUCGCAACCUUCGGGCGAGACUUUCGAAAAGCAUUACCCUCCUCGUACAUGUCGCAUCUGCCUGGAGACCGUCUACCCUACUUUCCCUCCUCCAUCCGAACACUUGCCUGGGUUUCUUCAGUCCAGGCAACGCGUGACAUACCAGUCCUCAGACCCGGAGUCUGGUCGAUUGCUUCGCCCUUGCAAAUGCAAAGGAUCCUCGCGUUAUGUGCAUGAGGGAUGUCUACAACUUUGGCGACACGCGGACCCAGGUUAUGGCAAGAGGAAUUACUGGCACUGUCCGACUUGUGGUUUCCAUUAUCGCUUAGAGCGCCUCCGGUGGGCACACUGGAUCAGUAGCCCAUUGACGCAGCUUGGACUCACCCUAAUAAUUCUAAUGUUGACUGUAUUUUUACUUGGUUUUAUUGCUGACCCGAUCAUUAAUCUAUACGUGGACCCUAUGGACCCCAUUAUUCGCUCGGACUACUGGGAUACGCGUCCUGUGACGAGUAUCUUACCUGACAACGAAGAGGCUUCCUGGACUGAGCACUUCAUCAAGGGACUAGCCUCUUUGGGCUUUCUGUCUUUCAUCAAGGCUGUGUUUGCGCUUUCUUCAUGGCAUGGAUUGACACUGCGCGGCACAGGGAUGUUUGGCGGAAGGAAUUCUGGCCGCAACCGGGUCGCGUGGCUGGUCAUCGUCAUCGGUGUUGGUAGUUUUCUUUGGGCUGUUUACAAAGGUGUAAGAACAUGGAGCUGCAGGGCUUUAGAAAAAGCCGGAGAGCGAGUCAUGGAUGUUCCGUUGCCUGAUGACGAAGAUGAAGAUGAUAAAGCCUCUGCGGAAAAGUCCGACGAAAGUAAGAAGGAAGAUUGACCCUGGUCCGACGUAUGCCAUCUACAGUCAUGAAUCUUCGUAUUCAAGUUUGUUUUCUAUCCUUCUAAGUGCUCUAUUCGCUGGCGAUAUUCACGCACUACUUUGAGUUGUCACACUCCUUAUCAAUGAGGUGCCAAUCAGUCACUGUGCGAAGAACGAUGCAGACCCUCGCUAACCUCACAGCUCAUGUCUGUUAAGUAGUGUGGCUGGCGAGGACGUUUUGUUCUUUCCUUUUCACCUGCUUAGUUCCGCAUUCAUGACUGGAGGGAGGGUCAAACUGCAUUCUCGAUUAAACUAGACGCUCGAUUCUUUUGGAAUUCUUUUGGUAAGCGUCAUGGAUUGAGGUGCGGUACACUCAUAAUAUGUAGUUUUCAUAUACCCUGAAUGUUAUUUACAUUGUGCCUUUAUUUCAUAUGUCAUUCUCAAGUAGUUAGUUAGUUUCUCAGGCCAAGCUGUGC